AUGCAUCUGCCCGACCCCGCCCUGACAUUUACCCUGCCGAGCUUACACGACAACCUCACGCUCAACUGCCGCAUCUACCACCCUCUCGGCCUCGCGGCAUCCAACUCGGCAGCCGGAUGGCGACCCAAACAUGCCGCCGUGCUGGGCCAUCCCUACGCGCCUCUUGGGGGGAGCUACGAUGACCCGGUGCUGGAGGAGGUGGCGGGGCAUCUCGUACGCGCCGGCUUCGUUGUCGCGACAUUCAAUUUCAGGGGAGCUGCAAACUCGGAAGGCCGUACGUCAUGGUCUGCGAAACCCGAACGUGAAGACUACACGACCCUCGUUGGGUUCCUCACCUACUACAUACAUUACCUCGACAACCACGAAUCGAGACCGCAGAAUCCCGACAGUCCUAUCCUCCUGAUGGGAGGGUACUCGUACGGAGCCAUGAUCACGACGCAAAUACCUCCGCUCUCGUCCAUUCUCGCCCAGUUCACCUCCCCAUCUAUCGCGUCGACCCCCGGUCUGCUCCGAGCACGAGCCGAGAGCUUGGGCACCCAACAGAGGGAACUCCUACAAAUGUACUCUGGGAGACGCAGCCUCAGAGUCGGAGAGUGCAGCAGCCCCCGGAAGAGCCACGACAGUCGGAGGAGCUUCUCCCUCGACGACGCCGAGGAGAAGCUGCGCAAGGGCGUCCAAGACUUCAUCGCCAAAACGCGGCACCACCACCGUCCUGCCGCUCCGGCGUCCGCCAUUGACGGGAAAAUCGACCCCCCAACUGCGGAGGCGCCCACACAGGAUGCUACGCUACAGUCGCUUCCAGAUCUCCUACGACCAUCUGCGGCCUACCUCUUGAUCUCCCCGCUCCAGGGACUCAUCUCGAACCUCGCCACCAUGUCGCGCAGCCCCGGCAGCUCGCUUGCGGAGGGCAAGCUGCGGCACAAUCCCACCCUGGCUAUUUAUGGCGACCACGAUGUUUUUGUUCCGGCUGGGAAGCUGCGCGUGUGGGUGGAUCGCAUGCAGGGCGCGGAGGGUUCGCGGUUCCGAGGCGAGGAGAUUAGCGGCGCGGGUCACUUCUGGGUAGAGCAUGGUGUUUUCAGUCGGAUGGGGGACUUGGUGUCGCAGUUUGCGAGGGAGGUUAUCAGUGACGAGAUGACGGAGACUUGA